AUGAGUUUGGAGUUUAGUAAUGCAGAGGAGGCAAAGGACUAUGCUGAAUAUACUCUCGGUGUAGAUGACGAUGCAGUCAAGCGUUUGGUACUACAGAGUGCUAUCACUCGAGAAAUGAUGAAAGUCCUCCUACCUGAAAAAGUCAUUACGCAUCUUCGUAAUAUUUCGGGAAGGGGUGAGCAACCUCGAAUUGCAGAUAUCGGGACCGGACCUGGAAACUGGCUAUUCGAUGUCCGGGCCCAGCUUCGGGAAGAGGGUAUCAAUGCAACCCUCGACGGAUACGACUUAUAUCCCACCAUGUUCCCACCAGAAGAAACCUCGAAGGCCGAAAAUGUCAACUUCAACGAACUGAAUAUCCACACAAAAGAACAAUUUAUCCCACUUGAGAAGUACGACGUAAUCCAUAUCCGUUACUUAUCAGCUGCUAUCGGACCGGAACAGUGGGAUGGAGCCUUUGAUAACUGUAUGUCCAUAUUGAAACCGGGUGGAAUAUUUAUGUGGGAGGAACUUCUCCUCGAGAAAAUGUCAAUAAACGAUCCUACGAAAUGGACAAACGUCCUAGCAGUAUUCAAGUUAAACUGGUCAAUCCUAAGACGAAACGACGUCGACCCAAAACUUAGCUCACUGUUCUCCACGAAGCUCGAGGAAAUGACGAAAGAAGAAUUCACGACUCAGUCCCUACCCGAGAAGGGCCAGAGAAUGCAAGCUGCAAAUAUGUCUAUGGCAACCAAAGAACUAGUGGAUAGGGCAGUGGAGCACGGUGAAGCUGUAGUUAAGCACUUAGGUUUAGAGUCUGCAGAGCAACUACAGGGGAUGUUGAAGCUUGCACAGAAGGAUUUCAAGGAAGGUUGUGUUCUGCACAUGCCUGUAAAUCGAUGGACUGCCGUCAAGCCGCUAGUGAUAGCCACUGGCAGAACCACUGGAGAUGGGUCUAGGGAUCUGGAAAGUGUCCAAGCAGGUUGGACAGAGGUCUUCAAGAAGUGGCUAUGCUAA